UUUUUGCAAAGCGUUCUCUCUCUUUCACUCCCAUAAGUAUUUCUUUUUCAAGUAAAAACAACCAUACCUACAAUAUAUACACCGUUCAAAAGCAAGUCCCAUCGGAAUCUGAAAUUACAAACCUUAAUUUCACUCACCAUCUUCGACUUUCGCCAAAGAUUGUUUCGUUAUCUCCUUCCUUGCUUUCCAUAGCCAUGGAAGCUCUCAAUUUCACCAGGUUCUGGAAACCAAGCAAUGGCGGUUACAGGGAGAAUCGAGCUCAACCGUGUCGUGGUAACAACGGCACCGCAACCGAGAUUCCAAAGGCCGUGAUUGGUUCAGAUCAUGAGUUGGAUGAAGGGGAUGACUCUUUCUUCGAUUUGGAGCUUCCUUUGCACGGCGUUAAUGGCGAGAAAAGAUUUGAGUCCAAGGAAGACCAAACUCGUUCUCUGUCUCCCGGUGAUAACUUAUCCAAGAGAAAGAUAAUCCCCAUCGAGGCAAGCUCCAAGCCACAAUCUCCGAUGGCUUCUUUAAAAUCAACUCCGAAAUUUCGAGUCUUUACUUUGAGGAAGUCCAAGUCAGUGGCAAAUUCCAAUUCCACAUUCAUGUCCAGCAAAUCUGUGUUGAUCGGACCUCCUACAGAACCCCCAAAGCUUGAAAACAGUCGCCGGAAAUCCCAAAGGAAAACAGAGGAAUCGUUGUCAGAUGAUUCCUCAAAGAGAUUGUUGAAGGGUCUGAUGCAAAAAUACUUGAAUAAAUUCAAACCGUUGUACGUAAAAGCCUCCAGAAAGAACAGUCUAAGCGACAAGAUAAAUGUUUCUGGUGACUUGCCGGUGUCAUCUCCGGUGAGUUCUCCGGCAUCGGUAUUUUCAGCCAAGAAUAAACACACGGGGGUUUGCAAGCAAUUGGGAAAGAGCAGAUCAACCUCGGCAGCAUCAUCAUCGCCCAUUAGUAGGAGAGAUGAUUCGCUGCUGCUGCAACACGAUGGGAUCCAAAGCGCCAUUUUGCAUUGCAAGAAAUCUUUGAAUUCAUCAAGAGAAUCUUCAAGGUUGUCAAGAUGUACAAGUGAUUCUUCACAGAAGUUAAGCAACGCAUCUUCUACAGAUUCUUCUCUUCUGUCAAGAGCAACAAGCAAUUCUUCAUACGAGAAACUGAUGGAUUCUGCAAGAAUAUCCAGCAAAGAAAGAACUCUCAUUCAGCACCUGAACUACUAGAAAAUCCAGAAACAAAAUUUUGAUUUUUGUUAUCAUUAUCAUGAUAAUGUAAAAAAAAAGGAAUAUUGAAGAGGAAAAUAGAAUUUAGAGAGGCUAGGAUUGUUGUUUGAUUGUUAGCCAUGAUGAGAAGUAGUCGAGUAGGUUCACUUGUAAAGGUGAUGUGCAAUUAUGAAGAAAUUGAAAGUAACCCUAUAUAUGGGUGUGUUCUGAUCUUGUAUUUCUGCAGUUUAAGAAUUAUGUUA